UUAUUGAUAUUAUUCUAAAUUUCUAAAUUUUUCAAGUGGUCAUAAUGUCUAUCAACCUCUCAAUGGCUUCGUGACCCUCAGAUAGUGUUAGAGCUUGUAAUGACUUGUAUUGGUGGUUUGAUGUGCUUUGAUAAAAAAAUAGAAAUGUAGCGAUUUAAUUCAUGUGACAAAUUAUGCAUCACUUUCAUUAAUGUAGUUGCCUAUGCGAUAAUAUAUGAUCCAUUGAUCAGAAGUGGAACAGGAUUGUGAUUUUUGUUUGCUCAGUAUUUCUAAUAAUGUCAUUUCUAUAUUUCUGUUUUUAAAAAAUGGUCACAGUUGUUAUGUAUUUUUGGAUAAAGUUAUCAAAUGAAGUGCAGAAAACAAGUGAAUUUUGAAUGUGUCUGAGUAGUUGAUUGUUGCGGAUGCAGGUGGGUUGCAUCCUUUUCCUCCUCUUCUUGCACAAAGCUUAUAUAUGGAGACUGUUAAGAGAGUGCAGAAGUGACAGUUUAGGGUGAAUAACAGUGGACAGCAUGUUAAGUGUUGUUGAGGCGAGACUACAGAUGAAAACCAGAGGUGAACCCUAGAAGAGCUCUAGGAUUCAAAGUGUUAUUGUUUUUCAAUGCAGUGAUGGAAUCCGGUGGUGAAAUAUUUGGAUGGUGAACGGUUGGUUCCUGUUUGGUUUUGCUAUUGUGACAGACUUUGAUAGUUAAACAGUCCCAGAUGCCCCAUGACACUUUUGUUUGAGUCACGUCACUCGGGGUGACUCUUUCUAGGCUACUUUUUGUUAUAGUCUGCAUGUACGUCACUCACUCUAUCUUGCUCCUCCUCAGCAUUUGUUUGGUACUUUCUACAUUUCCUCUGAACUCUGAAUUAUGGGAUGUUUUCUUGCCUCAGGUUUGAGUCUUCAUGUCUGUAUGACCUGCCCUGCAAGGGUGGGGUUGGAGGAUGGUGGUGGGAGUUUCUUUUAGUUGUAAACGUUUUUACAUAGCCCUGUUUACACAGUAGAAGCUUCGUGGGAGUUUUGUUUAUUGCAUCAAACUGGUGGGACUGGUAGUUUAUCGAUCUAUUCAACAUGCACAAACAAGUCUGUCUCCCUCUGAACUGUGCUGAGAAUACCAACAAGUUAGUUGGCAUCAUCCCCACCUUAGAGCUUGUUACUCAUUAGCUGGAUUCUUGGAUUGUGUUUCCUGCAAUAUUGUCUGUGUCUAUCCACGCUUUCACGUGUAUUCUCAAUUUCGUUUGCAAAGCAUCAUUUUCCAGCAGCUGGUCUCAGAACGCUCGCUUGCCUUUGUUUUGAAAGGUUCGUCGUUCUAUAUCCGGCGUUUGUUUUGAAAAGUUCAUCAGCCUAUAUCCGUUGUUUCGAUGUAACCCGACAUCUAAGCCCCGCUAGCUUUCUUAUCUCAUCCGUGUCUCGGGAUCUACUGAGCAGCCUGAGCCAGACCAGACAGGGCAUGUAUUCCCUUCAAUGGGACCGUGUAGCGGGCGGGUUCGUCGAUGUCUGUCCAGUCCGGUAACCGGGGAUCGCGCGUCUGUGUCGGUGAUCGCUGCCUGUGACCGAGGAGCGCGCAUCGUGUCGGUAGACCAGCGUCUGUUGUGGAGGAGCGAGCGGUACCGCAGCCUUGCGUCAAACCCCGGUAGGACAAGUCAGCAAAGACGGGCAGCAGCCACGUUACCUCGGCCGCUAGCCAGUCUCCAGGCGGGUUAUUUCGGGUAUGGUUGCAGCCUUCCACAUGUUGUAGCCGCAUGUGGCGAUCCCUCCUUUGACACCUCCGUAGCCUCCGUGGUCGUCGCGCGUUCACUGGAAUGACACGCUCAAUUAGCUGUGCGAGUGGACGGCGCCAGUCUUCAUACUGAAAGACAUUUAGAAAUUGGUCGAAUUGCGCAAGUCCUUCACAUGAGUCGCAGGUAAAAAAAAAAAAAAAAAAAAAAAAAAAAAGAAAAAAGAAAUGGACCUGAAUUUCUAUUCGGAUCUGACGGGCGGUACCGGACCACACGACGGCGAUCCAGAGUUCCUGGAUCCGCAGUCAUUCAAUGGAUUUGACACAGACAACAAGUUUCCAGGUGGCAGUGACAACUUUCUUACCAUUUCUGGGUCCAGCCAUCCCUUCCUUUCUGCCGCUGAGACCUUCCACACCCCCAGUCUCGGAGAUGAGGAGUUCGAGAUCCCUCCCAUCUCGCUGGACCCCGACACGGCGCUCUCCGUGUCAGAUGUGGUGUCACAGUUUGGUGAGCUGUCUGACACAGGCCCUGGGAACGUGGUGGUCGAAGGAGAUGACCCUUCUUUUGCAUCCACUUUUGUCAACAAUUCAUCACAAGGGUUGGAGCACCUCAGUCUUGGGGUCAUCAACCAGCCAGGUGGAGCACUGUUGGGAUCAUCUCUGGGGAUGGAUCUUGGCCAUCCCAUAGGCUCUCAGUUCGGCAGCUCAUCAUCUGUGACCAUCGACGUUCCACUGGGUGACAUGGGCCCUGGCUUACUAGGGUCCAACCAGCUGACCACCAUCGAUCAGUCAGAGCUGAGUGCUCAACUGGGCCUGGGCUUGGGCGGAGGGAAUCUAUUACAAGGACCUCAGUCUCCAGACAACCCCCUAUCUGUCUCGUCCUCGCCCAGAGGCUCCCUUCAGGACGACGACAUCAACGACUUUAAAGCGAGCGUCCUUGUAGACUCUCCUGUCUCCUCGGCUUUCACGACCGGAGUCUUCCCCUUCGAUCCAUCCCUGACUGACAUCUCAACCCCAGGGAUCACAUCUGCACCCAAAAAAGAGCCCAAGAAACCAGUUUCAGCCUAUGCUUUGUUUUUCCGUGACACACAGGCUGCUAUUAAGGGACAAAAUGCUAACGCCACUUUUGGAGAGGUUUCCAAGAUCGUGGCCUCCAUGUGGGACAGUCUGGGAGAGGAGCAGAAACAGGUUUACAAAAGGAAAAAUGAGGCAGCAAAACGCGAGUACUUGAAAGCGCUUGCGGAGUACAGAGCGAGUCACAACUCUAAGGCCCCGAUUGAAGUCAUGGACACGGCUCCGUCGCCGCCGCCUCCCGCCCCAUCCCCUCCAGUGAUCACGACCCCUGCUCCCGCCCCUGCUGCUCCGGCCCGCUCGGUCCGAUCUCAGCAUUACAACCCCGAGGAGAACACCAUCACUAACAUUUGCACCUCCAACAUCAUCAUCGACUUGCCUCAAGUCACCACUCGCUCCAAAACACGCCCCGCCAAACCCGCCCCAACCACCAGCAGUACCCCAACUCAUCCCACAGUCGCCAAGAUUAUAAUCAAGCAAACGCAGCUGCCUUCAGGCGCUGUGACUGUGACCGCUACGCAAGCAUCAUCGCCUCGGCAACCUCCACCACUUCAGCAAAUGCAAAACACGCCGCCGCCCCCGCGACUCCAGCAGAUGGUGCAUGCCCAGACUCUUCCACAACUGCAUGCCAAGCCCAGAGGAGGAGGAGCCACCGCAGCCACAGCACCGCCUCCUCUACAGAUCAAUGUCGCCCGGUCAUCAUGGCAGUCGGAUUCCAGCGCGUCAAUCAUUGUGACAUCAGCUGGGGACACCCCCACAUCUCUGUCCUCCUCAGCUCUCACAGUGACAGUGGGUCAGUUGGCAAGUGUGACCGGAGAUGAUGAGGUGGCAGAAGAAGGGGUAAGAUCAGACACGCGUUUACAAAAUGUCACUUUUCUGGUGUUUAUGAGUUGUUUUUGUCACGUCUGUCAGAUGGAGGUUGAGGUGAACGUAGCUCCUGCGACCCCCACAGCCAGCCCCAACAUCUGCGUUCGGGCCGGUUGCAAGAACCCCGCUGUAGAAAGCAAAGACUGGGACAAAGAGUACUGUAGCAACGAGUGUGUUGCUACUCACUGCAGAGACGUGUUUAUGGCCUGGUGCGCCAUCCGAGGACAGAACUCCACCACAGUCACAUAAUGAAUGUGAAGCGCUGCUGCAAAGGAGGAGAGAGGACAAAGAGACUACUGGGACAUUAAGCAGAGCUCAUGGAAGGAAGCCAAGGACAGACGCUGGAUUUGAUACUUCAAACUGAAAUAUCAUGCCAGAUGUGUUUUAGUAAUGUCGGGAAGAUGCUUGGAUUUUUAAUUUAACUGGAAAAUUUCUCUCAGAAUUAUCAGAUUGAUUUAUUAAUUAUGAAAAUCGAAUCAGGAGAUGAAACACUUCAUUCUGACUGUAAAAUAUACCUUCUUGAAGCGUGAACCUGAUGGACGGAAUUAAAAAAGACCACAUUUUAUACCAAAUCUA